GUGGCGCAAGCGCAAUUUCCGCCUCGGUCGCUGUCCAGAAAGUUGCUGCGAUUGGAUAAUGGGACCCCGAAAGACCACACCCACCCGGGGGCGGGGCCCGUGAUCAGUCUCCUGUUUCCGCUCGUGCCUAGGGUUGCUGUGGCUGGAGGUGGUUUCGCCACAAUCUGCAUCUAGCCGUGAAUUCCCAACCUUUCCCGAAAGUGCAACACCUUCCAAGGCUCUCAUCAUGAGUCUCCAGUGGGCGGCUGUAGCCACUUUCCUGUAUGCUGAAGUAGUCCUUAUCUUUCUCCUGUGCAUUCCCUUCAUCUCGGCAACAAGAUGGCAGAAAAUCUUCAAGUCCCGCUUGGUGCGGCUAAUGGUGACCUACGGAAACACCUUCUUUGUUGUGCUGAUCAUCAUCCUGGUCCUGCUGUUCCUUGAUGCUGUUCGUGAGAUCCGGAAAUAUGAUGAUGUGACCGAAAAAGUGAACUUGCAGAACAACCCUGGGGCCGUGGAGCACUUUCACAUGAAGCUCUUCCGAGCCCAGCGAAACCUCUACAUUGCUGGCUUCUCAUUGCUGAUGGCCUUCCUGCUGAGACGUCUUAUCACCCUCAUCUCCCAGCAGGCCACUACCCUGGCUUCCAACGAAGCUUUCAAGAAGCAGGCCGAAGGAGCCAGUGAUGCCGCCAAGAAAUACAUGGAAGAAAAUGACAAGCUGAAAAAGCAGCUGAAGGUGGCAGGAGUGGAAGUUGAGGAUCUGGACCUCAAAGGGGCUGCGACAGAGGAAGAAAACAAAGUGCUGGAGGCCCAAGUCAAGAAACUGAAGGAAGAACUGACUUCCACAAAGAAAGCCCUGGAGAAGGCAGAGAACGAUUCUCUAGCUGUGCGCAAACAGGCGGAAGGGCUGACCAAAGAGUACGACCGGCUUCUGGAUGAACAUGCCAAGCUCCAGGCAACUUGCGAUGGUCCAAAGGACAAGAAAGAAGAAUGAGACACAUCAGCAGCUCUGGCCAGUCUUCCGCCUGUUCCCUGGUUGCUGUACAUCUUUGUUUUGUUUUGUUUUUUUGCCCCCGGGGGAAUUUAGUUAAGCUUCUCGGAGCCUAGUGGUGCAUUCAUCCACCAUCAUCCCCACCUCUUGCAACCUUGUUAUAGCUUUUGAGUGGACUGCUAACUGUCUUUAUGCCUCUGCCUUUUCCUGACAGACUGGCUGAGUUUACCGGCACCAAAGUGCAUCCGAGGGACCUUAUCAAGGUGGGGAAGAUAAGUUGGGGGAGAGAGCCUUUCUGAGUGAGGGCUGGGUACCAAGGCUUCACACGUUUUGUAGUGCAGUGGGGAAAGCUGUCUCUGGAUGCUGCAGUACCUGCUUAUACCCAGCCCUCCCUUCCCCCAGCGCUGCCUAGCCUCCUGCCCUGCCCCAGCUUAGAGGAGCAUGAGUGGGGCAUCUCCCCCACCCCUCCAGUGUGCUGCUGUGCUCCUCUUGGUUGUGCAAGGGUGGAAGAGUGUGGAGGGAAGGCUUGCUGUGCGUCAGCACCCUCUGUACUUUUUUUUUUUAUAUUGAGGACAAGGUGUCUGUACAAAGCUUCUCAUUAAAUCUCAAAUACUGCU